CCAGCUCUAAGUCACGUUCAUCCUACAUCUAUCGGAGUUCGCGCACACAGCGAGUCCCGGCGCAAGUACUUUCGGAGAACAAUGGGGCCCGUCUCACGGUCAAAGGCACUCACAGCUUCUGCUACAGCGUCGCUCACCGCAAAAGACGCUGCGGACACUACACACGCACACAUACAGGGCGUAGACACACCAAUGGCCGAUGCCCCCACAGCAAACACGAAAGACCCCUCCACCUCUCAGAAUGCAAAAAAGCGCAAGCGCAAAGAGAAAGAAACACACAUCCUCCACCAAACCACCUUCCGCAAACCCACAUGGUCCUACUUCCACCUCGCCCUCGUCACGCCAGGCACCGCCGCCCAGCCACCCUCGGCCUCCGCAGCCUCCCCGGACCCGCGCGACAUCGACACUCUCACCGUCUCGGCUCUUCUUCUCCACCCGCUUACGGCGUACCUCGGCGUCACGGGCUCCGCGGUCCCCAUCGAUAUCCUCCACACGCAGGGCCGGAGCGCGUUCGUGCGCAUCCCGCGGCAGGACGCAAGGGCCUUUCGCGCAGGACUGAGUGGCUGGAUUGGCGGGUGUGAUGCGGCGAGCGUACCUGGCGUCCAGGAAGGCGGGAGAGUCAGCGUGGCCUGGAGAGUUGUUGCUGAGGGAGGGAGCUUGGGGCUCAUACGGGGCAGUGGCGAGGAGCUAUUCGGGGAGCGCGGGGCGGCUUACUGAAAUCGCAGAGGCGGAAGGGAAGAUGUGAUUUCGAUACGGAUCACGGGGAGUCAGGUCGGGACUGUGGAGACUCGGCCGAUCCGUCUUCUCGGAAGACAAAAUCUACGACGGCACGACGAAGUGAGGCCAGGAUAUGGAGAGCGCAGGCAUCGCUCGCACACCCAGGUUAGAAGCC